UUCCAGCUCGCAAUUAACAAUAAACACAUCUAUUGUUUAUAUGCAUAGAUUUUAUAUGCAGCAUUCUUUCGCCAAAUUCCAUCGAAAUGUAAUAUCUCCAACCACCUUGUUUUUGGCUGCAAAGGUUGAAGAGCAACCCCGUAAGCUUGAGCAUGUGAUCAAAGUUGCACAUGCUUGUUUAAAUUCACAAGAACCUCCUCUAGACACAAAAAGCAAUGUAAGUUUGGGUUUCUCGAGGUUAAAAACUCUUAAGGUUGUGUUUUUCCUCUUUUUUCUUACUGGUUACGGUUUCAUUUAUGUAAAAAUGGCUGUGUCACGUUCCGCCGCACUUGCUUGCAGUUGGUGUGUACCUAACACCCACCCAUACGUAGAGUCCAUGUCUGGCCGUGUUAAAGCACUUGUUAGGGGUUUAGAUUAAUAGACUCAUUACAAUUGUUUUGUAAUGACUGUCUAUCAAACUUCAGGCAUACCUCCAGCAAGCUCAAGAGCUGGUGAUACUUGAAUCCAUAGUGCUGCAGACCCUGGGUAAGUAGUGGUGACUGGAGUGGAUGACUUGAGAGCUUUGUUUACAGAAAUGACUGCUGGUUAAUGGCGGUAAAUAAAACCAUGUGUCAUUGGUUAUUAAAUGUGUUUUAUCACAGCCUUAAAAUUAUUAAUCAUCUACUCUGUGGUUGGCUUGUCAAUGUCAUAUUUUACUGAGACAUGUAAAGGUGACAUGUUAUUUUCUUGUAAUGACUAUUAGCUUUUUAAUGUAAUCUUUACGAGACUAGAGUGGUGAACCGUUUGGACUGAAAUAUUGAUUAAACUUUGUAAUGAGACAUUUUUGCCUGCCAAAAACAAACAAGUCUCAUACACUGAAUAAUUGGCAUUCAAAUUUCUUCAUUCAUUUUUUAAAUACCACAUUGAAUCCAAAAAAAAAACCAGCUAAAAGUUGAGGGAUUCUCUGGUUUGUUGCAAUUUUAAAGUAACAUGUCACCUCCCCACUGUUUGUGUUGAACUCACCUGUUAUGUAUUUUGUUCCAGGCUUUGAAAUUACUAUUGAUCACCCACACACUGAUGUGGUGAAAUGUACCCAGCUAGUGCGAGCAAGCAAGGAUCUGGCACAGACUUCCUAUUUCAUGGCUACCAACAGGUUGUUAUCCUGCCCCUCCUUUAUUGCACUUUGACUGCACACCAUAGCUUCCUGUAAUGCAGGGUACCCUUUCAGUGUCCAACCGGCCCUACAUGCACUGGUGGUUGUUGGGACGCUUGCCUCCUCCCCUCAGCUCCCCUCCCUUCCUCAGAGGUAGCGGGAAAAGGGUGGCUCGUAGCGUUACCGGCCCCAGUCGCAGUGCGGUGUAUUGUACAAGGGAGCACGUGUUGGCACAGAUGGGUUGAAUGCAAAAUGUGAAGUGUAGUGGUGCGCUUGAAAACCACACGUUUGUUCGGUUGCGAAAAAGUGCAUAAUUCUAAAAGACACUGGUAGCCUGAAUAUCCGCUAAAGAUUUCACAGAUGUAAACAUUUCUCGUAGAGGUCUUUCUGUCUACACCUCACUACCUUCUGCCUCCAAUACAAGCCCACAGUGAUUGCCUGUGUAUGCAUUCAUUUGGCCUGCAAGUGGUCCAACUGGGAGAUUCCAGUUUCUACUGAUGGGAAGCAUUGGUGGGAGUAUGUGGACAGCUCUGUAACCCUCGAGCUGCUUGAUGAGCUGACAAACGAGUUUCUGCAGAUUUUGGAGAAGACUCCUAGCAGGUUGAAGAGGAUACGAAACUGGAGGGCAACACAAGCUGCCAAAAAGCCCAAGCUCGAGAACAUGCAGCAGGGGGACAACUCAUUCCCUGGGCCAUCGAUGCUUCAGGACCACAGUGAUGUCUUGCUUCCUGGGGCUCCCUCAUCCAAUUCGAGCUUUUCUAAAGCAGUCGCGGCUUUCCCUGUGCCCAUGCCUGGACAUUCCAGAGGAGCCCCCUUGUCUCUGGACAGCAUGGCUGCCUCAUACAAUCCAGCUAGCCACAACGAAUGGCCCCAGGGGGACCAGUGCCAGACUGGAUACCCUUCCACCUGUGUGAAAGAGGAACCCCUCAGCAUUCCUAUCCAAGAGCCUAUGCUGUCUUUACAAACUUCCACUUUGUCUUUGCUUCAGCACCCCCCGCCUUUUAAAACUGAAAAAACUAUAGAUUUAAACCUUGUCAAACAGGAACCAAAAGGAGCUGGUGAAAGUGGAUUGGGCAAGCAGAACCUAGCAUUUCAGUCUCCUUAUCUUCCAUCGGCUCUGCCUCUUCAUCCACAACCUUCAGUCCAGAAGCUGUCUCUGGAUAAAUACAGAGAAAAACAUUCUGCAGAGCUGACUGUCCCUGUCCAGAAGCAACGGCUGGAGCAUCUUGGGGGUGUAAUGGACUGUGACAUGAAAGUGGACUUGGUUUCUCCUAACGCACCAUCCAACAUUACCCAAGUAGAUCACAGAAAGCAUGCACAGCCUCAUCUAACCUAUGGUGGUAACAUCGCUGCCUCCCCAAUGAAAAUCAAAGCCUCUUCCUCCUCAGCCUCUGGUCAUGAUAGGCGCCACUACGGUGAGAAACGAGACAAAGGCUCGUUUAAAGUUCGCCUGGCGGUUCCUGGCUCCAGUGGCAGUUCUCUGACAGAAAAAAGUGGACAACCAAGCAAAGAUGAGCUCAAGAUGAAGAUAAAAAUGUCUUUAUCGGAACGCCACAGCUCGUCAGAUGAAGGCAUGUCUGCCAACAGCAGCAAGAAUAAGCAUUCCAGCCCUCUGGUGACCAAAGAAAAGCAACAUCGUGGAGCAGAUCACAACCUCCAUCGCUCCCACAAGCACAGCCACCCCACCACACACAGUGGCAAUGGUCGAGGAGGCACAGAGGCCCCAGGGGGUGGCGUGGGUCUACUACGUGGUCCUCCGGGACUGGUCGGCAUGGAGGGACUUGGUCAACCAUCAAACCCUUUGACUUCAUCCUCUUCCCGUAAGAGAAUGUACCAUGAGACCAGUCACAACCACCACCCAUCAUCCUCUUCUUCAAGCUCUUGCUCCAAAGUGAACAAAAUCUCCAAAGGUGGUGCUGUUGCUGCAGGUGGACUGCGGACCGCUCAGCAGUUCCCCCCUCCUAGUGAAUCGCCACACGAAGUGGGAGAACAGAGACACUAAAAACACUAUUCUAUAGUCGUGGCCAGCACAUGGAAGCAAACUACAACUCAGACUUUAGACUAUGCUGACCUUCUUGUCAAGUGCCCUAGGAAAAAUAACUAUUUUGUGAUUAUAAACCCUUUACUGAUCGGAGAAACGUUCUGCAAUCAAAAGUAUUGUAGAAGGUCUUGAUUUUGAGACGAGUUAAGCUUCCAGACUGUCUUUUGACUUUGUUGGUGUCAAAUUGCUGCUCAAUUAUUCUUUUUCCUCGAAUGGGUCAAAGAAUGUGGAAAGACGGAUGUGUGUGACAUAAGUUGAGUGCAUCUCCUUCAUCGGGAAAAGUUCCUUCCCAAUAUGUAAGACUUUCAUAUGAGAAAAUAGUAUUACAAGUUCUAUAAAAACGUGGAAGAUGCACUUUCUUCUUUUUCUUUAUUUAAUUGAAUCAUGUGUGAUCGUGUAGAAGGAGUCGGAUGACCAGCUGGAAAUGGCUUGUUUGCUGGCAUUUCGUUUAAUACUGUUGAUGGAUGCAAAAUCAUUUCCUAAAUUACUUUAUUGUCUUGGUUUCUUUUCAGACAUAAAUACUGUGCAUUUGACUUGCAUGUUAGUUAUCAAAGGGAUUGAAAAGAAGACUGCUUGUUUACAAAAGAAAUUUGAGAAAAAUGUACAUAAUUUUUUUUCUAUGUUUAAAAAAUGUUAUUCCAUGACUACUCAGGUUUGGAGCUGCUUGUAAUUAUACCAAGAAAACUAUAAACCCUACAACAUAGUUUUA